AUGCUAUGUGUACAUGGGGUGUGUCCGAGCACGACAAAUCUCCGUCACGGUCGUCAUUUCAAGCACUGCCACAGACACUGGCAGCCUAACUCCCUGAAGUGGACCACGAACAAUGUGAACUAUCAAGGACUGAUUGCUGUGGACCUAGUGCGGCAGAUCGGCUGCCACGCUCGCAUCAAGCACUGGCGUAUGCGCCUGACCGACAGCUGUCUGCUGAAGCUGGUCAUUCUGUCCGAGGACACCGCUGGCGCCGGUGCCGGUGGUGCAUCAAACAGUGGCUCCACUCUGCGCCACUUCACUGAGAAGGCGUCGGUGUCCGCCUUCAUGAACCCUGACCAACGAGGCAUGGCAGAGGUGGACAUGGACCAGAUGGAGGAGAUGAUUGAGGUCGAGAAAGGCAAUAUUGUGGCCAUAGUGCAGCUCAACUCCACAUCCAGCUCAAACUGCCUGUGCUUCGCGCCCAGUCGCCGUGGGGGCAAGCUAUGGUCAGCACUGCACCAUGGACACAUCGAGUCAGGUCCAGUAUCCACCUAUGCACCAUCACCCACUCUAAGCGAUGACGCCAUUGAAAACAGGAAUGAUGUCAUCGAAAACAGGAAUGAUGUCAUUGAAAACAGGAAUGAUAUCAUCGAGAGCAGGAAUGACGUCAUCGAAAACAGUAAUGACAUCAUCAGGCAUCCCAAUGAUUCUGAGCAGGCGGUUGGAUUUGAAGAGGCAGUCGAUCCCAGGCCAGCAGAUGCAGUACGGCGUCAGAAGAGACAGGCAGGGAGUACUGGCGGGGGCAGUGCAGGCAGCAUCGGUGGUGACGUGUUUCUACUGCAAGCGCAGAUUGGACGCUUGUCCUGGGGCCUGACACUGGAUACGACGCAAGGGUCAGGUGACCUCGAGAGUCGCUUCAUCGACUUCUUCGGCGAUGACUCUGAUAUGAGUAUGUCUGCACGGCCCUCUGCAACCACCGCAGCAGGAAGUAGCGCGAACACUUCCAGCGCCCAACCGUCAUCCGUAUCAGAAACGACAAGCGCACCGACUCCGAAUCAGCAGCAGCAGGCAUCGGACUCCAUCAUUAUCAGCAGCUAUGUGUCAGAGCGUGUUUUCGGCUUGACCGGCAGUAUGCAGCUGAUCUUCGAUCUGACCUCCCUGCAGGCAGCAACCACUACCAGCCAAUCAGAUGUUCUAGAUGACAUUGCGUUCCCCACGACUCCUACUAUGACAUCAUCAACGCCAUCAACGCCACAGUCAGAGGUUACAGCGGCAGAGGUACAGGCUGGCGUUACACCCACAGACCAGCACACCACGGACAUAACAGGCCGUCCCAUCACCACAACUCUCCCCGACGAUACAGAGUAUGAUGUUCUCCCGAUCGUGAUUGCCGUGGUGGUGCUGCUGGUGCUGGCGUUUGCAGUGCUAAUCGUGUUCCUGGCUAUUCGCUGGCGCCAUCGUCAACGCGUCAGUCGCAAGGUGUACAGCCGGCACAUUGUCAACUCCACGGCCGCGAGCAUGGAGAGACAGCGACGUAAGCACGUGCUCAGCAAGAGGAAGAGGACGGGCAGGCAGAGAGGGUCCAGGCGAGAGAUUGGAGCACCUCUAGAGUGCAUACGAGUACAGUCAGGAACACCGGCGUUCAUCACCGCCUCCGUGUCUGCCAGGAACCAGUUCCGAGACGCUCACGACGCGCUCACAGUGCGCCACACGGUGCACUGCGAGUCGGAAGUCACCGACGGCAGAGAUAUCUACAGUACCAAUGCUCAAGCAGUGUACAACAGUCAGCAACAACACCAGGGAGGCAGUGGACAGGCGGCGAAUUCUCGCGUUCGCCGACCUCAACGGUCGGAAACGUUCGAACGGCCAAACCCGGCGACGAUUCCAGAUCCACCGCCACCGUCCAUCCCGGCCAGUCGUGUGUCCAUACGCGUUCACGUGGCCAAGGAGCCGGAACACGAUAUGACCGAGGUGGAGUCCCUGCACACCCUGGCCCGUCCUCAGCUCAGCGAUAUACCGGAGCGCGACAGUCGAGCGGUAUCUGAGCAGCUCAGAGUCGGCACACCGGCCGCUCAGAGUGGCAGCGUCCACAACACGGUGUAUCGCAAGUCUCAGCUCUCCGCACAGUAUAGCUCAUCAUCGCAACCGCCGCUCAACUCAAUGUAUUUAAAUCACCCGCAACAGUACCCUCGCAACAGCCACCACAGUGGCACAAAUGAAUACGAUGACGCAAUGCACACAGGCAACAACUCAACAUUCAGCUCGGCCACACCGGACGAGAUUUUCGGCCAAGAAGAGUCGGAGAUCGACACGGAGUGGGAUACGGAUCCGGAGCCCGAUAUGGCCGAGACGAUGUUGUCCCCGUUCAAUGCUCUCGGUGGGGAGGAUGCUCAUUUCCCACCACCGCCACCGCCACCGACGUCGCAAGGUUUCGAUGCUGCUGGUGCUCCCGUUACGAUUAUGUCAUCGCACGUUGUCGCCACACCUCAGUACAGCAACACCACACUUGUCAGCGACCUUCCCUCGACUAACAGCACCAUGAGUAAGAACAACAACAACGACACUUAUUACAGCAACAACAACAACAGUGGUGAUAGAUUAGUGAGCGAUUCUAGCUAUGCCGUCUCUGCACAACUGCCUAACAACAUGCAGCCCGGAUACCAAGAGUCGCACUACCAUUCCUCCAAGGUCGCCGCAUCGCCACACACGGCCACGAACAACAUCGGCGUCGAUUUUCCCAGAGCGGUGGCGAUGCACCUGGACGCUGAUCACCACAUGCCAGCUGAGUCACGGCACAGUCAUUAUCACUCGACCGACAUCAGCCUGGGGUCGCUCUCCGAUCUCGCACUGGGUGCCGCGUCUGGUCACGUGAUCUCCGCGGAAACCCGUGCCAGGAGCAUGUCGACGGGUGCACGCCGCGACGCAGGAGGUCUCGACGCCGACGCCGUUCACCUGUACACGCUACCGUCUCAGCGACGCCAGACCCGCACCGCUCCGUUGAAGCCCAAACGCCGUGCCAGCAGUGUACGCGCCACGUCCACCUCCCUGCCGAACAAGCACAUGCAUUGCCAGCGCAGGCGGCGCAAGUCCAACGGUGCCGUACUGGAUGCUGAUGAGAGCACCAUGGAUGUCAGUUCCGCUGCCGUGUCCUCCACUCAGACCAUGGAUAAGCUGAUGGUCCAGUUCCGCCGCCACGAGACCGGUGAAGUGCGCACACACCAGUACGCCCUUACUGAGCCAGACACAUAGGUCCUGCUAACAGCGUGUGCACUUACUGUGCCAGGCGCAUAGACCAGCAGCACAUGGUCCUGCUAACAGCUAGCUACUCUGGGUAUAGGCGUACGCACUCACUGAUCCAGACACAUAGGCUAACACAUAACCUUGUUAUCAGCUAGCUACUCUGUGCACAGGUCAGCUUGAACUGUGAUGUUUCCUUCAGCAACGCAAACAUUCCGUUGGCUUCCUGUAUCAAAUCAAGCACCAACUUUAAACCAGCUCUUCAGACAAAACACCAAUAUCUAAUUUUUGUGUGUGUGUAUGCAAGGCAACAUAUGCAUCACUGGAUAAGUCUGUAUCAAAGCUGCAGAUCCAUGUGCCCAGUGCAUAUAUUCCUUAUGCAAUCGUGUUGACAGUCAAAGACAUAAGUGAUUUGGGUUGGCGCAACACUCUCCUUCAUUCUUAUCUCAAGCAUGCACAGGAUAUUACAGUAUUUUUUACAUAAUAAUUAUAUCAAAACAAAAAUAUGUGGUGGAAACAUACUUGAUAUUUGUAUGAAUUUGUGCAAUUUUAUGGCUCAGAUCUUAUUUUGGCUCACAUAAAUACACUACAUGUAACUGCAUAUCUUUAUGGUUUCGAACCAUAUCUUGUUGUUUCCCAAGCAAUGUAUGACACGUAAUAAUGAUAACCCAGCUACCAUUAUGAAUAUACCAUAAAACCAUUGUGUUUACAAGUGUACACCUCAGAAGUGCUUGCAAGUGGUAUACUGA